UGGAAGAAAGGCAGCAGCGAGGCGCCCUGGUCAUAAAAGCGGACUGUCAGCAGUGUGGACCCACAGCGAGCUGCGCCACGGUGAGGCACGGCACGGCACGGCACGGUAGCGACACGGUAGCGACACAGGAGGACUGGACCGGGUGAAUGCGGUCCCCGACACAGGACGCUGCUGCAGGCACGUUUUCCCACCAUUUUCGGAGAUAAGAGACCAGAGUGAGCUCCCUUCAGACGAGGAAGAAGAGGAAGAAGAGGACACAUUCCCCGUCAUUAAAGCCUUAUCAGGGGCCACGGGGACACGGUACACCACCACCACCACCACCACCGCCGCUGCUGCUGCUGCUGCCGCCACCGCCGCCGCCGCUGCUGCUGCUGCCCAGCUUCCACUUCCACUGAGGCAAAGUCCUCAUUCCUUCUCCUGACAGUGUCAAGAGAACCAGCGGGUGUUCAAACUAGCGGUGUUUUGGGUGAGCCUGCGUGGGAAGGUGCAGUCUGUCCGCCAUGGAAAACGCUCACACGAAGAGUGUGGAAGAAGUUUACAGUUAUUUCUGCGUCAAUGAGAGCACAGGACUUUCCCUGGACGAGGUGAAGCGACAGAAGGAGAAAUGGGGCCUAAACGAGUUACCAGCAGAGGAAGGGAAAUCUUUGUGGGAGCUUGUCCUCGAACAGUUUGAAGAUUUACUUGUUCGAAUUCUUCUGCUGGCUGCCUGUAUAUCUUUCGUCCUGGCCUGGUUUGAAGAAGGAGAAGAAACGAUCACAGCAUUUGUGGAGCCUUUUGUAAUUUUACUCAUUCUUAUAGCAAAUGCCAUCGUUGGAGUGUGGCAGGAACGCAAUGCUGAGGAUGCCAUCGAGGCCCUUAAGGAGUACGAGCCAGAGAUGGGGAAGGUGUACCGACAGGACAGGAAAACUGUGCAGAGGAUCAAGGCCAGAGACAUUGUGCCCGGGGACAUCGUGGAGAUUGCUGUUGGAGACAAGGUGCCCGCUGACAUCCGUAUCUGUUCAAUCAAAUCCACCACCCUGAGGGUAGACCAGUCCAUUCUGACCGGUGAAUCCGUCUCCGUCAUCAAGCACACGGACCCUGUGCCCGACCCUCGAGCCGUCAAUCAAGACAAGAAGAACAUGCUCUUCUCUGGUACCAACAUCGCUGCUGGAAAGGCGAUAGGCGUGGUUGUGGCCACCGGCGUGAACACGGAAAUCGGCAAGAUCCGUGACGAGAUGGUGGCCACCGAGCAGGAGAAGACGCCCCUGCAGCAGAAGCUGGACGAAUUUGGCGAGCAGCUGUCCAAGGUCAUAUCCGUCAUCUGCAUCGCCGUGUGGAUCAUCAACAUCGGACACUUCAACGACCCCGUCCACGGGGGCUCCUGGAUCCGCGGGGCUGUCUACUACUUCAAGAUCGCCGUCGCUCUGGCCGUGGCCGCCAUCCCGGAGGGUCUUCCCGCCGUCAUCACCACCUGCCUGGCUCUGGGCACUCGCCGCAUGGCCAAGAAGAACGCCAUCGUCCGCAGCCUCCCCUCCGUGGAGACCCUGGGUUGCACCUCUGUCAUCUGCUCCGACAAAACUGGAACCCUGACCACCAACCAGAUGUCUGUCUGCAGAAUGUUUGUCGUCAACAAAGCCGAAGGUGACAGCUGCUCUCUGGCAGAGUUCACCAUCACUGGUUCUACGUAUGCGCCGGAGGGAGAAGUGUACCAGGACGGUAAACCAAUCAAGAGCUCCCAGUACGAUGCUUUAGUGGAGCUGGCCACCAUCUGUGCUCUGUGCAACGACUCCUCCCUGGACUUCAAUGAGGUGAAGGGCGUGUACGAGAAGGUGGGUGAGGCCACGGAGACGGCUCUGACCUGUCUGGUGGAGAAAAUGAACGUCUUCGACACCGAAGUCCACAACCUGUCCAAGAUUGACAGAGCCAACGCCUGCAACUCGGUGAUCAAACAGCUGAUGAAGAAGGAGUUCACCCUGGAGUUCUCCAGAGACAGGAAGUCCAUGUCUGUCUACUGCACCCCUAACAAGUCCCGAUCUUCCAUGGGCAAGAUGUUUGUCAAGGGCGCCCCGGAGGGAGUCAUUGAGAGAUGCACCCACAUCAGAGUGGGCAACACCAAAGUCCCCCUCAGCCAAGGCAUUAAAGAGAAGAUCAUGUCUGUCAUCCGUGAGUAUGGAACAGGCCGUGACACCCUAAGGUGCCUGGCUCUGGCCACGAGAGACAGCCCACCCAAAAUGGAAGACAUGAUCCUGACUGAAACCGCCAAAUUCUCCGAAUACGAGUCUGACCUGACCUUCGUCGGCUGUGUGGGCAUGCUGGACCCUCCCAGACAGGAAGUGGCCGCCUCCAUCUCGCUGUGCCGUCAGGCCGGCAUCCGCGUCAUCAUGAUCACCGGGGACAACAAGGGCACGGCCGUGGCUAUCUGCCGCCGCAUCGGCAUCCUGAGCGAGGAGGACGACGUUGAGAACAUGGCCUUCACCGGCCGCGAGUUCGACGAACUGUCACCCUACGCCCAGCGGGAGGCCGUGACUCAUGCGCGCUGCUUCGCCCGCGUCGAGCCGUCCCACAAGUCCAAGAUCGUCGAGUUCCUGCAAGGGUUCGACGAAAUCACUGCUAUGACGGGUGAUGGAGUGAACGAUGCCCCGGCCUUGAAGAAGGCGGAGAUCGGCAUCGCUAUGGGCUCUGGCACUGCCGUGGCCAAGUCAGCCUCAGAGAUGGUCCUCGCCGAUGACAACUUCUCUUCCAUAGUGGCCGCCGUUGAAGAGGGCAGAGCUAUUUACAAUAACAUGAAGCAGUUCAUCAGAUACCUCAUCUCCUCCAACGUGGGUGAGGUCGUCUGCAUCUUCCUCACUGCUGCUCUGGGCUUCCCUGAGGCGCUGAUCCCGGUUCAGCUGCUCUGGGUCAACCUGGUGACUGACGGCCUCCCCGCCACCGCGCUGGGCUUCAACCCCCCAGACCUGGACAUCAUGGAGAAGCCUCCUCGCAACGCGAAGGAGCCCCUGAUCUCCGGCUGGCUCUUCUUCAGAUACUUGGCGAUCGGAGGCUACGUGGGCGCUGCCACCGUGGGAGCCGCUGCCUGGUGGUUUACCAUCUCUGAGGACGGACCACAGGUCACCCUGUACCAGCUGAGCCACUUCCUACAGUGCAGCCCAGACAACCCAGAAUUCGACGGCUUGGACUGCCACGUGUUUGAGUCGCCCUACCCGAUGACCAUGGCCCUGUCUGUGCUCGUCACCAUCGAGAUGUGCAACGCUUUGAACAGCCUGUCGGAGAACCAGUCCCUGCUGCGGAUGCCUCCCUGGGAGAACAUUUGGCUUCUGGGGGCCAUCUGCCUCUCCAUGUCUCUCCACUUCCUCAUCCUCUAUGUGGAACCACUGCCUGUCAUCUUCCAGAUCACCCCUCUGGAUACGACCCAGUGGAUGAUGGUGCUGAAGAUCUCCCUGCCGGUCAUCCUGCUGGACGAGCUGCUAAAGUUUUUGGCCAGGAACCACGGCGACAUUGGUAAACAGCUGGAGAAGCCCCCCAGAAAAGGCUGCUCUCUGUCUGCAUGCGCCGAGGGCAUCUCCUGGCCCUUCGUGGCCGUCUCCCUGCCCCUGGUGCUGUGGAUCUACAGCACCGACACUAACGUGUCCUCCAUGUUGUGGCCCUGACUGACUCCAGCACACUACCCCCCCUCUCUCCCGCCCCCCCUCCCCCGUGACAAGUGUGAAGUGGACAUUAACACACACAUCUAACACAGUUGCAUUAACUUGGAACAACUUAGAGUCGACACUUGCACCUGACCUUUUGUAUUUAGUACAUUUUCACUGAUCCAUGUUUUUUGGGGGGAGGGGGGUUCAGUCAUAUUUUAAUGACUUUAACUGACGUUAUGUCUGUUUGAUUUUAUCAUCACGCUUUCCUCUCUUUUGACCCUCGUUGUGAACAAAUAGAGAAGCGCCUUGUGUUGGAGCUGUGUGUUGAGCUGUACAGAGAAUAUACACUAUUUUAUAAUGAUUACUAUUUUGUAAUUUUCGGGGGAGGGUCUGGGGUAUGAGAACGCUGGGUGUGAAGAGGAUAGAUGUCUGAGGAACAUAAUACUAAUAAGAGGGCAAAGACUUGAAUUUGUUUGCCCCGGCAUGAAUUUCUGGUCUUUGUUAUUUUAUUUUAUUUUUUGAGGUCCAAGCAUCUUGUUCAUUCAUUUUUUUUUCUGCGUUAGGCAGAGUACAGCUACCUCAAUGCUGUUAAUAUAACCAUAACUACCCCCCGUCUUAACAACCAUUUCAUAGAUUACCACUGUUGAGGUAAGCACCAAUUUGUGUUUGUUUUUUUUUUGCAGUACAAGCCCUCACACUCAUUUUAAAGUGUUUUUUUUUAAAGAUAUAUUUUUCUUUUCCUCUGUUAUUUGAGGUAAAAGAGGACGUGUUACCAGUGUGAUACAACCUGUUGUUAAAUUUAUUUACUUGAAGAAAACACAUGUGUCUUGAUAUAGUUUUUUUUUCUUUUUUAGUUUGAAAUUCAGUCUUCAUUUUGCGUCUUAAUUACAGUAAUCUUUAUUAAAAUGUGCACAUACUGUACUUGAAUAUGUAAAAGAAAAAAGAAAAAAAAGGCACUAAGGAGCUGUUUAGUCUUAUCAAGUGAGCACAAAGUGGACGAGUCUGUAUAUCUGUACAUAGCACACAGAGCCUCCGUAUACAUUAUGUUGUUGUUAAAUGCUCCUUACAGCUACACCAGUUUACUUAAAGUGUGCUCUUUGCCUUUUGUGCAUGCCUGUUCCCAUAAUACCAGGCCAGUGUGUGGGUUUGAUUUAUUUUUUUUCCAGUUUAAAAGCUAACUGUUGUCUCUUCCAAUGCCUCCCACCUGUGUACCUACAGCGUGAGUACACUUUGACCUGCAUGCUGACUAAUAGUCAUCUUUAUGUGGUUGUACAGGCACCAAUAAUAAGGUUUUAAAGAAACACUUUAAUGGUACAAAAGAGGAGCUUAUUUAAGAGCAUACGCUAAAGCAGGAAGAUUACGGGCUCACUGACGCCGUGUUUUCGCAACGGUGACAUUUAAGUGCCCCCACACUGUGUACAGCCAUCAGCCAUGACAUUAUCACUGCCGACGGGUAAAGUGAAUAACUGCUGGUCUCGUUGUCUCAGCUCCGGAGAUGUUAGGCAGCAGGUGAACAUUGUGACAAGUAGAAGGGUCAAAGUGGCUGACAAGGGUCAAAGUACGGGGGCUGCAUGACCGAGUCAGAGCAUCUCGACAAUUGUGUGUUGCUCCAAGGAAGAAAAUGCACUGACUGGGGUCACUGGCAGAAAAGGUCGAUGCACCAACUGUAGCUCGGACUGAAAUCAAAUGAAAAGCUUUUGUCACUGCAUACGGGAUAAAAUUAAAUUAUGAGUACUUCUGUCAUGCUUUAAAAAGAGCAAUAACGAGCAUACAUUUAUUUUUUUUAAAAACAACUAUUAAUAUGAAAUAUAUUUCACAGAAUUAUAAAUAUGAUGGUUUAUAGUGACUGGAUGUGUUUGUUAAGAUAUUCAGCUUCUUUAAGGUUUCAAUAGUUUUGACCUGUAUUGUCUCCUUGAGGGCACGAGGCCAAACAUAGACCAGAUAAAGGUGUCAGAAGACACUGAAUGAGGUCAGGUUGUCCAUGUUGACCUCUGUCCACUGUUGAAGCCUCCACUGGACGUGUGAGCAUCAGAACUGGACACAGGAAUGGAUGAAUCCUGUUUGAUGUAUCAAAAGUAACAUCUACAUAAAUACCAGGAGCUAAGUUUCCUAUUACAUCAGUGUUAUUCACUUCACUGGUUGGUGAUUUUAAUGCUGUGGCUGAUAUUGUGUAUAUAUAUUUGUCUUUUGUCUUAAUCUGCUUGGACAUAGCACGCUCCCCAUUGCCCAGUUUUCUGAAUUUAAAUUAUUUGCUUCUACUCUGGCGUGUGACGUCUCGUGUCCAUCGGUUCUGAUUCUCCCUCUCUCUCCUUCUUCUUUGCAGUGAAGGCCAAGUAAAGCCGCCUCUACUCUAAGUCCCCUUUGCAGGAGCUUUGGUUUUGUUGUGUGUGUGGUGCAUGUGUGUUUUGGGCAGAGCAUCUUACAGGAGCUGCAUGUCAGUAAAGUGAUUCAGUGAGAGGGGCUCAUAAAGUUCAGUUUUUUUUAAUAGAAAGGCCAUGAAUGAAUGAAUUGGUGGAAACUAGCUGGUCUCACCUCGUCAGUCCCUCCAUCCUCCUGCAUGAAGAGCCUUAGAUUAUGAUACUCCUGCCGUCUUUCUAGACUAAGAUCCAAGUACCAGUCAGAUGUACAUUACUCCAUGGUGCAUGCCCGCUCAGCCGGUCACACGUUUCAGCAGACUAAUAGACAAUGUAUAGUAUUGGUAAAUAGAUUAGCUAAUUGUCAGAUACAACUGUUAAAUAAGCUCAAAAACACAGUUCAUCUUUCCUAAGGAAAUACUUUUAUGCGAUAUUUAAAAACCAAACAGACUUUUCUUUUUUGCUUUGCACUGAGACGUGCAACAUGGCUGGAGCUGAUUUUUUUUGCCAUAUCGGGGAAGGCGGACGUGCAGCGACGCAUAUGUUUUACCAUGAGAACGGCAGGCAGUCCCUCCACUGGCAUUUUUUUGCCAAACUGCUGUACUGUAUUUUCAGAGAUGAUGAUUGUACGAUGUAUCACAUAAACUUUUGGUUUCAGGUAAAUAAAACUGUCAUACAUGAAGAGUUUA